ACUUGUCAAGUGUACUAUAUUUAGUAUGCAAUAAAACCAAAAAAAAGUUGUUACAUUGAGGUAAACUUGAAUAAAUUUCAUUCCCGACAAGAAGGAUUAACCGGGAAAGAAAACAAAAAUAUUAGAGUAAUUUUUACAUCUGUAUUAUUUAAGUUGGAUAGUGGUUGUAAUAGUUUAAAUAUUAAUAUAUGUACUUUUAACCCUAUUGUGUUUUUUUAUUGCGCUUCUUUAUAACUUGUUUAACUUUCGUUUUAAACUGUUUAUAAUUAAUUAGACUGACGAGUGUGUAAAUAAUGCAUAUUUUAACUUGCUUUGUUCUCCUCUAUAUUUGGGUUCUGCGUCAAUCUUGUUUUUGUUUUUCUUUACUAUCACCCAGAAGUGUAACAUUAAUAAAAAAUCACUGAGACGCUUUUGAACAAAAACUUCAUUUUUUUGGAAUUACGCAUAUUGUAAGUUUUUAAUUUUUCAUUGAGUUUUUUUACUGUUUAAUAAUUCAAAUUUUGGCAUUGUAAGACUGAAUUAAAUGUAUUUUAAAAUGUAUUUUAAAAUGUAUUUUAAAUGUAUUUUAACCCUAUUCUGCUCUACUUUUUUUUCGCUACCUGAACUUGUGUUUUUGAAAUAUUUAUAAUUAAUCAGAAUGGCGCGUGUGUAUAUAAUAUAUUAUAAUUCGCUUUGUUCUGCUCUAUAGUUGGAUUUUUGCAUAAUUUUUCUAUUUGCUUUUGCUUUCUCUUACAGUCACCAAGAAUGAUUGAGACUCCUCUGAACUAAAACUUUAUUAUCUGAAAUUACGCACGUAGACAAUUUUCACUUUCUAAAGGGAUUUUCUUUUUACUCUUUUUAUUGUUCAAGAACGCAAUUCGUUAAGUUAAGGUGACCUCUUCUAAAACUUGCACACUGGACGUGUCUAAGGAAUUUACGAAUCCACUUGAAAUGUCGAAAAAAUAUAGUAUUAAAGCUUACACUGUAUUUUGAUUUUAUAAUGUAAUAAAAAAUAUAUGGGGUACCAUCCUUACAAACUGCAUUUAAUUCGUCGUUUUUACUUAACCAAUAAAACCUGAAGACGCUACUCUGGGUAAAAAAUUUCAAAUAAUAAUGAUUAUACGCAUAUUUCAUUAAAUAAAUUGGAUUUGUGUCCAUUUUCUGCACGAGUCAUAUUCUUCAUUAAAGUAAUGAAAAUGAUAAUAAUGUAAUAUAAUAAUACUAGUCGUUAACCCGUGGAAAAAUCCACGGGGUCGCCCGUCGCGUUCGCUCGUCCUUUAAAUUUACCCGUCGCAACAAAGUGGAUAAAAAUAUAUCGCAUUUGAUAUUCAUGCGCAUUUUAAAGAUUUCGUGUUUCCGUUACGGAACGCCGCUUUCGCGGACACACAGACUGACAACGUCUAUUAUUAAAGAGAUAAUUCAGUCAUACUGCGAAACAAAGUAUGAUGAGUGUUUGUUAAAGGAUGCAAAAUUUCAUUGCUUCGUUGAUAGGUGGCUGAACAAACGAUAUUGAAAAUAAAAUGUAACGCAGCCUUUUAUUUAAAGCAAGUUUGACCACGAAGAGGCAGAUAGUCAAGACAUAAUUAUAAAAAAUGGCGGCGUGUUGGCGUGUUGGCGAAUAUGGUAUACAAACGAAACAUAUUUAUGAAAUAAGAACAUUUAUUUUGUCGUAAGCUAUUCUAUAUGGCCUUUGCAAUUUUUAACUUUGGUAAAGCCUUUUAUUUAAGCUUUAGAUUUUAGUUUCUUUGGAAAAAACGAAAAUUUGUAAAAUAUUUAAACAAUCUAACCGAUGUUUAAAGUUUAUAAAUAAUAAUGCCUUAAUACGCCUGUCUCGUGAAGUGGUAGUCGCAGUAGAGCGACCACGAAAUGCGGUAAAUAUUGGACAAGCAAACCUGUAGAUUUAUCUUUUUGCAGAAAGUCAUUCAGAAAGUUACUGGUAAUUUAGUUUUGACUUAAUGUAUGUAAUCCCAUCACGUUAUUCUUUUUCACAAAUGAUUUGUUUCGACAAAUCUUCUGGUCUUUUUUACCCCCACGUAUAGGUGGGCAGUGUUCUACAACUCAAUUCUGGGAAUUAAAAGUUGUUUUUGCCUGUGUUACUUCGAAUACGAGAAUUCAUUUUCGGUGAGCCCACUACCAUUAUUUUGUUGUCUACAUAAAAAUCUUGAAUAGAUAUAGCUAUAGCUGACAUGGAAGAUCCAGCAAAGUUAUAAUGAAGCACUGUAACUUUCGUUGUCUGACUCUAAAUGCAGUAGCUAGCUAAUGAUAUUUCACACUUUGCAACCUUCAGCUGCUUUUUAACGAAACGAAAAUGUUUUUCCACCAAUGACGUGUAGCUUUCAGCUCCAUACAAUAGUAAUGUAUAGUUAAUUAGCUGAGGUGAAAGGUGAAAAGGUGAAAAAUUAGGUGAAAGUAUAUUAACUGUUCAGUUAUAGGGUAGGUAAAUUCACGAUAAAAUAGCGAACUUCUUUGUAGAGUAACUUUAGGAAAUUUUAAGAAACUUUAUAGACGACGUCUGAUAAUCUUGGAAAACUAAUAUUUGUAGCCAGUUAAGUUCUUAUGCUGAGUAUUAACUCAGCGUAUCUUAAUAUUCGCUUGUAGAUAUUUUCGCGACUUGGAAAAAUUAUCCACAUUCCGUCGGUAUAAAUUUUGUGGACAACUUUUUGUGAAACAUUUUGCCGGUAUUUAUUUUUGUGAAACUCAAAUAAAAAAAUGUUAUAUGUCAAAUGGUUAAAUUUUAAAUUUUCAACUAUUUACGCAACCAAGCUUGAGUUAUUCUUUUGGAGUCAGUGUUCUAUCUUCUACAUCAUGUUGAAUAGAAUUUCACUCUUUCACUUUGUAGCAAAUAGCGAAUAAUAGGGAUUGAUAUAUAAUAUUUACUGGGUACAUAAUAAUUUCGCAAAUUCGUGUGAAACUAAAUAACUAUAUAUUUUUUGAAAGCCAAUUCAAUCAUCUAUAAAAUAAUGAUACUAUAACUUUUAUGAAAAAAUCCCAAAAGAAGAAAAAAAUGAUACAAAUUCACCCCUCCAGCUUUUUUUCGUCGAAUACUUUCCCUGGUAAAAUUUUUGUUGAUUAAAAAAUAUGUGAUUGCAAAGCUCUUAUUCAGCUCUACAAAACUUUAAUUUUUUGAAAAAAGCACGUUGUUAGAAAAAUAUAUAUUUUGUGUUAAAUUGGUUGUUUUAUGACUGAUUUAUCUAUUUUCAAGCAUUGUAUAGUGAUAACUUUUCCUUUCUUUAUGCGUUAAACUUUUUCGCAUCGAAGCAUCGUGAGCUGCACAAUCACCAUAACUUUGUGCGCAUGCGCAAUAACAGUUUUGGUCAGAUCAUGUUUACAUGAAUAUUUUGAGAGAAAAUGAAAUUGAAAGAAGCACUAAAAUGAGUUUCAUUUCGCCUGAAAAUACUCUCAUUGUUCUGGAAAUGUUGUAAACAUUUAUCAAGACUAUACAAGACUAUACAGAAAUAAAAUCUUCUCCCCUUAAGGAAGUUACCGUAACUUCUAGGUGAAUCAAAACAGGUGGCCUAUCUAUCAUGACUAUAAUCACAGAUUAAAUAUAAUAAAACACUCUUAAAAAUAUCGAUAUUUUAUCAAGAAUUGCUAUUAUUACACCAGUAUUCCUUCUUUUCCUCUUGCAAAUUUUACGUUCGUGCAGUGAUUUAUUUCACAACAAGCAACAUCUUUCGCGCAACCUAAGACGAAAUUAAAGGAGGGAUUUGUAUAUAGCGGCAUUUCCAAUACAGUUUUCACGAAAACUAUUUCCAAUGUUCAACCUUGUUACCAGUACCCUUUCCUCUUCUCUCUGGUGUUAGGGUAGUAGAAUAGUGAAAAAGGAUUGUUUCCUGUGUGGUGUGGGUUUUUGUUUGUUUUUGCGAGAGAUUUUUGUUUGGUAUGCUCAGAAAACGACAGACUAUAUAAAGUUAUCUGUAAGCCGAAUCUUAACAAGCGAAAAAAAAAUCCAGCAAUUUUCUUUACGCUUUCCGUGGAUCAGACGUUGGACACAUUAAAUUAACUCAAUUUUUCUAGUGUUUUGAGAACCUUUUAGGGACAGCAUGACUGGUAAAACGUCUAAGCUUUCUUGUUUUGUUUUACAUUUCAAACGUGUAUAUUUAAACACCUCGCCUUAGAUACCUUUCCUUAAACUAAUUUAUAUUAAGCAAUUUUGGCAGGAAGGAGCUUUGUGGACAAAAAGCGAAAAAGAAGUAAUCGUAGCGGGAGUUUAAGUUAGGUGAUGAGAUCAGAUGCACUUUAGAAAGUCAGUCGUCAACAAAUACUAGAAUCUCUUUUCAGAAUUUUAAAAUGACGAACGUCGAAAAAAUAUUAACUAAGUAUGAAUUUUAUUAACGCGGAUAUAAUGAAUUACAGCUCCAAGUAUAUAUUUGGAUGUGUGAUUGUUAUUUUUGCCCCUAUGUUGAUGUAAAUCAAAUGUAUAAAACUUAAAUAGUAAGUUUUUAAAACAAGUUAAAAAGUCUCAAAAGUUUAUUAGCCAUUGUCUAUAGAAGUAAUUUGACACAACUGGGACCUUUAAAACGUUCCUGGAAGAAGUUUUGUUCUUUCUGCUGCAGUGAUGUUCUGGUCGUUUCACCUAGACUUGCGCGCUCAACUUCAACUCCAACGCUCAAUUACUUGUGAUUUAACUCGCUGUUUACCCAGCUUUGUUUUCACUUGUGGUGAUGUUGCAUGUCUUUUAACGGCAACCAGGUUAUUAGUAUCACUGAUGUUUAGCUCGGUUCUAAGUUUAAUAUCAAGAUUGGUUUUUUAGUCAAAUCUGUUUAGGUGAUAAAGCAUAUACAUAGAUCAGAAAACUCCCCUAAUAAAACCGUAAAUAUGUUCAGUCUUGUUGAAGCGUAAUCACUUAACAUGUACGUUUCUGUGACUCACUGUGGAGUUUUAAUAGCUCUCCUUCGUCGUUAAGAAAUACAUUCUUCCCCGUUUCUGAUUGGUUGAACCGAAUAGAAACUUUAUUUUCGAUUUUUCUGCGAUGUGGUGCAUCAUAUUUCUUCCAAAUUUCAGCAACAGGGUUUAACCUGUUAAACAGUUAUUUAAGGUGGCAAAACCACGUCUAAACUCUUAGGAGACGGAUUGCAAGGAUGUCCAGUCAAAAAAAACCCUCCGCCCAGUUGGAUUGCUAAGACUUCUGAUGUUUACAAGAACCAUUACUUUACCAAUUGCUGCACAAAUUUAAAUAUGCUAAUGAUUCUUCUGCCAAAAAAAAGCGUACUGGUAUAAGUAUGAUUAAUAACGAGAGAUUAAGUUAAAUUUUAAUAAAGAAAGCUUAAUAGUUCUACUUAGUGGUGAUACUUUCCUUUCUUUCAUUUUGUUGGAUUGAAACCCGUUUUAAACAAAUAUAAUAUUUUUUACGCGAACAAUGGUCAUGUUUUAUCAGCAUAUAUUUGCAGCCUUGCUGAUUAUCGAAUGUGUUGAAACGAUAUUCAUAGAAAGAAAAUUAUACGGAGAUGUCAUUACAAAUAUAAGUAAAGAUGAAUGUAAGAUAAGUGAAAACACAGAAUGGGAAAAAGAUAUAUGUACAUGUGGAAGAGGAUAUGAAACAGCAAUUGUUGUGGAGAAUAAGGUGAAAUGUAAAAACAGAAGUGAAAUUUUAAAAUCAUAUGAUUCGUCACGCUGUACCAUAUUUGGACAUAGUACAGAUGAAACCAGGAUUGUUGUUGUUCGUGGUGAUGGUGUUUUUAUUCUAAACAAGAAACAGAAAGUAUUAGAAAAGUGUCUAGGGAAACACGGUACCAAAAUUGAAUUAUUAUAUCCGCAAAAACAAGUCAUUUCUAUCAACUGGACUUUUCAAUCUUCAAACGAUUAUCCGUACGUGAAGUUAAAAUUGAUAACGGCCAAAUACGCUGGCUACUUAAUCAGAAUAAACAAUAUCUGCAACGGAAUUUGCAUUGUAGCAAAAGUUACUGGAAGAGGUAUUUUUCGAUCAUAUCGCUUUCUCGUUCUUCUUUGUAUGGAACUAGUGGGACUCCGGGAAGAAGCAAAAACAUUUUGUGAGAAGACAAAAACAUGUCGUUGCAUGUAUGAAAGGCUUAAAGCUUACACUUUGUCAAGAAACUAUCCAUCCACCAAAGCUGUCACGCAGUCUCCGUAUAACUCCAUUAACUUGAGUAAUGAAAUGCUGUUACUCAGUAUUCUUCCAGAUGUAAUUAUUUUCAUCAUUCUUUCAAUUAUGAUUGUUUUCAUAACAAGAUUGCAUCAGAGAGCAAAGAAAAAGAAAAACAUAUUACAACCGGUAGGGAUAGUAAAUGCAGAAUCAGGAUAUGCGGAAUUGCAAAUAUAGCAAGAGAUACGGAUAAACAAGAAAGAAUUACAAGAGUAACAAAUGUUUGAAGAAAAAUAUUAGUUAAAAUAAAUAUGAAAUUUAUUAUCUUCUGAUUACCAUAAAAGAAAUUGUUGUGUAUAUGUUGGAUAAAAUAUUGCUUUGUAUUUGUGACGAGGUUAUUGUUCCCGUAACACUAUUCUUUAAAGUUCCAUAAAGUAUCACGUUCUCUACUUGUAUCGAUUUUCCUGCCUUUGUGCGUACUCACAACGAGAAGUCAAACCAAGCGGUUGCAUUGUGUAUUUUGAAGAGAAAAUUGACUUUUAAAGUGCUUCCAUCAAUUUUUAGUCUGUACACAAGAGAUAACUACAAUGUACGUAUAAGUUUAUAUUUUGUAUUUUCCAUGUACAUUUUUAUAUUUCAUUUUUGAUAUACUUUUUUUUAUGCUUUGUUGUAACUUCCAACUCACGAAAAUCAUGUCCACCAACUUAACAUGAUUGGUAAAAGCAUA